GAUUGACAUUAUAUGCAGAGAACCAAUGUGAAUGAAAGGAAGUUGCAGAGAAAAAUUCCUUUAAAUCUUUGAUUUUAAAAGGAAAAGAGAGAGAGAGAGAAAAAAAAGAAAGGCAGAAAGAGAGAAAAGUUUACCAUAAAAUAUAGUCAUAGAACACCUUUUUUAUGAUGAUGAUGAUGAUGAUGAUGGGGCACAUGGGCUGCACCUGCAAAUGGCGUCUUGUUUAGCAUUUUUAAUAUAUAUUAGAUGGUUACUGAGACAGUUUGAGAUACAUCCUCCCCAUAUACUGUGAUCUUCACGUGCACUUCUGUUUUCCCUUUUUCUUCUGCGGUUUGUUUGACAACCAAGAAAAGGAAAAUGGAGAGUAAGAGGCAAGUUGGUUCUUCUUCCUCAUUCACUGCUGAUCUGUUUGGCUCCAAGGAGUCAUCAUCAUCAACGUCGAAAGGGAUAUUCAGUUCCAUUUUUCCACCUCCAUCCGUGGCGGGAGGGAGGAACUCCUCAAGCUUUAAGGUGUUAGAAUCUUGGCCAAAUCAGCCUUUAGAAGGUUCAGCUUGGAGACAUGGAAUGCAAGCUCCACUUGCUGAGGGUGCAACCUAUAACACACCCAACAAGGAGAGGAACUCUGUUUUUCAGGAAGAAAGGGCAGAACCAUGCCAUUUAAGUUCAUCUCUUUACUAUGGUGGCCAAGACAUAUAUUCCCGUUCUUCAAGUACUCAGACUUCUACGUCGUACCCUAUUUUUAAGAAAGAUGGAGGUGAAGAUGAUCCUAAUGGAAACAAUUCACAGGAUGCUUCUAGAGGAAACUGGUGGCAAGGUUCUCUUUAUUAUUAGAGCCCGCGCUUCUAGUGCAUAUGGAUUCUCCAUCAGUUUUCCAAGGAAUUCAUAUAGCAAACAAAUAAUCAUGGAAGACAAGAAAUAUAAAUAAGUUCCUGACAUUGACAGAGCCCACUAGGGAUCUCAAAUCUUUUCUGUAAUGUGAUAUCCUUUUCAUAAUUCUAUCUGGAAAUGAUGUUUGAGAAUUUCUUCACUACAUCAUAGUCUUAGCUCUGGGAUAAGUUUUCUUAGGCAGAGGAGAGUGGAAAAUGUUUAGAUGCUCCUUUUCCCUCCCUAAUGUGUGAAAGGCUGAGAAUGAAUAGAUAAUUUAGGCUUUCCCUUUUAAGUGUCAAUAUGAAUGCUCGAGAUUGUGUAUCCAAAUGCCGUCUCUUUGCUAUGUAUGAAAGUUACACAACAAAAAAU